GGACUCCAGUGCAGUAGAUGACAGUGUGCAAGAUAGGUUUAUUGGUCCCCUCCCAAGAGAAGGUUCUGUAGGCUCCACCAGUGAUUAUGUCAGUCAAAGCUACUCAUAUUCUUCUAUCUUGAAUAAAUCAGAAACCGGAUAUGUGGGAUUAGUAAAUCAAGCAAUGACUUGCUAUUUGAACAGCCUUCUGCAAACACUUUUCAUGACUCCUGAAUUCAGGAAUGCAUUAUAUAAGGAUUUUAAGGUAAAGACUUGCAAGUUCAGAGAUGAUGAUAAUGGUGAUGUGGUGGUGGUGGUGGUGGUGGCGAUGGUGGUGGUGAUUCAUUGGGAAUUGGAAAUCACAGCUAUGAAGCAGUAUGAAGAAGCAUUACAUGCAUUUAUACAGCCAGAGAUCCUUGAUGGUCCCAAUCAAUACUUUUGUGAGCGGUGUAAGAAGAAGUGUGAUGCACGGAAGGGCCUUCGUUUUUUGCAUUUCCCAUAUCUGCUGACCCUACAGUUGAAAAGGUUUGACUUUGAUUAUACCACCAUGCACAGGAUUAAAUUAAAUGACCGGAUGACUUUCCCAGAAGAGCUAGAUAUGAGUACAUUUAUUGACAUUGAAGAUGAGAAGUCUCCUCAGACUGAGAGUUGUACGGACAGUGGAGCAGAAAAUGAAGGCAGUUGUCACAGUGAUCAGAUGAGCAACGAUUUCUCAAAUGAUGAUGGGGUCGAUGAAGGAAUCUGCCUUGAAAGUAAUAGUGGAACUGAAAAGAUUACAAAACCUGGUCUUGAAAAGAAUUCAUUGCUAUAUGAACUCUUUUCUGUUAUGGUUCAUUCCGGAAGUGCAGCUGGUGGUCAUUAUUAUGCGUGCAUAAAAUCAUUCAGUGAUGAGCAGUGGUACAGCUUCAAUGAUCAGCACGUUAGUCGGAUAACCCAAGAGGACAUUAAGAAAACUCAUGGUGGAUCUUCAGGAAGUCGAGGAUAUUAUUCUAGUGCCUUUGCCAGCUCCACAAAUGCAUAUAUGCUUAUAUAUAGAUUGAAGGAUCCUUCAAGAAAUGCAAAAUUUUUAGAAGUGAAUGACUACCCGGAGCACAUUAAGAGUUUGGUGCAAAAAGAGAAAGAAUUGGAAGAGCAAGAAAAGAGGCAGCGUGAAAUUGAAAGAAAUACCUGCAAGAUAAAAUUGUUCUGCAUGCAUCCUGUGAAACAAGUGAUGAUGGAAAAUAAACUGGAGGUUCAUAAAGAUAAGACUUUAAAAGAAGCAGUAGAAAUAGCUUAUAAGAUGAUGGAUUUAGAAGAGGUCAUUCCCCUGGAUUGCUGUCGUCUUGUCAAGUAUGAUGAGUUUCAUGAUUAUCUAGAGCGGUCAUAUGAAGGAGAAGAGGAUACUCCAAUGGGGCUUCUACUUGGUGGAGUCAAGUCAACAUACAUGUUUGAUUUACUCUUGGAAACCAGAAAACCUGAUCAAGUUUUCCAGUCUUAUAAACCUGGUGAAGUGAUGGUGAAAGUUCAUGUGGUUGAUAUAAAGACAGAGUCUGUUGCUCCUCCAAUUAGCGUACGAGCUUAUUUAAAUCAAACAGUCACUGAAUUUAAGCAGCUUAUUUCAAAGGCUAUACAUUUGCCUGCUGAAACAAUGAGAAUAGUUUUGGAACGCUGCUACAAUGACUUGCGCCUUCUUAAUGUGUCCAGUAAAACGCUGAAGGCUGAAGGCUUCUUUAGAAGUAACAAGGUAUUUGUCGAAAGUUCUGAGUCUUUGGAUCGCCAGAUGGCCUUUACAGACUCUCAUUUGUGGAAACUGCUGGAUCGGCAUGCAAAUACAAUCAGACUGUUUGUUUUAUUACCUGAACAAUCUCCAGGAUCUCAUUCUAAAAGGACAGCAUACCAGAAAGCUGGUGGAGAUUCUGGCAAUGUAGAUGAUGCAUGUGAACGAGUUAAAGGACCUCUGGGUAGCCUAAAAUCUGUAGAGGCUAUCUUAGAAGAAAGUACUGAAAAGCUUAAAAGCUUAUCUCUACAACAGCAACAGGAUGGAGAUAAUGGAGACAGUAGCAAGAGUACUGAGACAAGUGAUUUUGAAAACAUUGAAUCACCUCUCAAUGAGAGAGAUUCUUCAGGAUCAGUUGAUAACAGAGAACUUGAACAGCAAAUUCAGACUUCUGAUCCAGAAAAUUUCCAGUCUGAAGAGCGGUCAGACUCUGAUGUGAACAAUGACAGAAGUACAAGUUCAGUGGACAGUGAUAUUCUUAGUUCCAGUCACAGCAGUGACACUUUGUGCAAUGCAGACAGUGCCCCAGUCCCUUUGGCUAAUGGACUUGACUCUCAUAGUAUCACAAGUAGUAGAAGAUCUAAGGCAAAUGAAGGAAAGAAAGAGACCUGGGAUACAGCUGAAGAAGACUCUGGAACUGAUAGUGAAUAUGAUGAAAGUGGCAAGAGCAGGGGAGAAACACAAUAUAUGUAUUUCAAAGCAGAAUCCUACGCUGCAGAUGAAGGUUCUGGAGAAGGACAUAAAUGGUUGAUGGUGCAUGUUGAUAAAAGAAUUACACUGGCUGCCUUCAAACAACAUUUGGAACCCUUUGUUGGAGUUCUGUCUUCUCACUUCAAAGUUUUUCGAGUCUAUGCCAGCAAUCAAGAGUUUGAGAGUGUCCGACUGAAUGAAACACUUUCAUCAUUUUCAGAUGACAACAAGAUUACAAUUAGAUUGGGGAGAGCACUUAAGAAGGGAGAGUACAGAGUCAAAGUGUACCAGCUUUUAGUAAAUGAGCAAGAGCCCUGUAGGUUUCUCCUUGAUGCUGUUUUUGCUAAAGGCAUGACUGUCCGACAGUCUAAAGAAGAGCUCCUUCCCCAGCUCAGGGAGCAGUGUGGGCUAGAACUCAGCAUUGACAGGUUUCGUCUAAGGAAAAAAACAUGGAAGAAUCCUGGCACAGUCUUUCUAGAUUAUCAUGUCUAUGAAGAGGAUAUUAAUAUUUCCAGCAACUGGGAGGUUUUCCUUGAAGUUCUUGAUGGGGUGGAGAAGAUGAAAUCCAUGUCACAACUGGCUGUGCUGUCUAGGCGGUGGAGGCCAACAGACAUGAGACUGGACCCCUUUCAAGAAGUGGUGUUGGAAAGCAGCAGUGUCGACGAACUGAGAGAGAAGCUUUGUGAAAUCAGUGGGAUACCUUUGGAAGAUAUUGAAUUUGCAAAGGGCAGAGGAACGUUUCCCUGUGACAUAUCUGUCCUAGAAAUUCAUCAGGAUUUGGAUUGGAACCCUAAAGUUUCUACACUGAAUGUGUGGCCCCUUUAUAUCUGUGAUGAUGGUGCAGUGAUAUUUUAUAGGGAUAAAACUGAAGAAUUAAUGGAAUUAACAGAUGAGCAGAGAAAUGAACUGAUGAAAAAGGAAAGCAGCCGGCUCCAGAAAACUGGACAUCGCGUAACCUACUCUCCUCGUAAAGAAAAAGCACUAAAAAUUUAUCUGGACGGAGCACCAAAUAAAGAUUUGACUCAAGACUGAUUCUUCUAGUGUAGCAUUUUCCCUGGGGGAUUUUUUGUUUUAAUUGGAAGGUUUGCUACUACUGUGUAGUGCCAGUAUGGCAGGACACUCAUUAGGGGUAACGCAAUGACACCAGCGCUGAUUGGGAUGCCGUUUGCCAAUCAGAAGCUCAGGGCCCAGUGGGUCGCUGUUUUGACUUGGAAUCAUGUUGUGCACUAUAGUCAUAUGUACUGUAAAGCUAAAAGGGACGUGCAAAUUUAAAAACAAAAAAACAAAAAAACAAGAAAAAAAAACCCCUAUAACUAGGAAAGGGGGUGGGGGGAAAAGAGUGAGCAUUUAUGAAGACAGAAAUGUGCACAUAGGAGCUAGUAAAACUAGUCUCAAACAGGAUAUUCAUAGCUUACUAAUAAAAGCUGUGCAAAGGCCAUGAAUGAAUGAAUGAUUUUCUUUGUUUCACUGAUACACACAUUACCUCAUUGACAAUUCGGAAGUAAAUGCAACUUGUGUUAACUCACAGAAAACAGCAAAAGUAGGAGCUGAAGACAUAAUGGAAUCAUUAUCAGAACCAGCUGUAACAGGAAGAAGUGUGAAGGUGUUUUGUUUGUUUGCUUGCUUGUUUUGGGGGGUGUUGUUGUUUUGUUUUUUAAAGUAUUAGGAACAUUAUUCUCAAAAUAACAUCAGAAAGUUCCCUUUAGAAAGUUCCCAGCAGGUGAUAGCUCAGUUUACUGCAGAAUUGUAACUGUUCAGAUGUAGAAAAGAAUUUCACUAUUUCAUCCAACAUUGUAAAUAAAAUGUUCCCAUUCAAUUAUCAAAAUUGCAGUUCUAACAUUUACCAUGGCUAAUCUUUUCCCACAUCAUUUUUCAUUGUGUACAUUUGUGUACAUUUGAAAGUAUUGCAGCAUAUUUAAAUUUAAUUCUCAGUUAGGUUUCAUGAUGCUGGGUCCUGUAGGAUUUACUUUUUCUUUGUUGAUGAGCUUUCUGUUUGACUGCCCUUUUUGUACAUUUCCUUUUUGAAGACUCCAAGUUUGAAUCUUCUAGAACCCUUGUAAGUCAGACCUUACUUUUUGGAGUUGAUUUCUAGUAAUGUAGUUUAACUUUUGGAAAUGUCUUAAAGUCUUACAAAAUAAUCUUGCUAAUAAAAUCAAAUCAUCAUACAAGACAGAAACCGUCAACAUGAAUUCAUUGCGAAAUCUGCAAGUUUUCGCUUUGCUAAAUAAAAAUAUCAAUGAAAAAAUUCUAUAUAAUUUUUGGAAAUGCCAUCUAAUUUAUAAAAAUCAGUAAAAGGUUUUGGUAAACUUUUUCAUGCCAGAUGCUGUUUACAACAAUGAACAUGCCAAUAAAACAUUUGUUCAUUC